CACUAGUGCACGAGUCAAGCGGAGAGAGAGCGAGAUUUGAGGUUCAUUUAAAGGUGAAUUUCAUUUCCUUCGCAUUUGCAUUCCAGUUCGCUCGCUCUUUUCUUUUUUCCAUUUUCGAAACGCGAGACCGCUUAUCUGUGGGGAGAAGAGAAACAGCAUUCUCUCGUUCUCGAAACACGCGAAAUCCUUGGGAUCACAUUACUCCUCCAUUUCGACUGUUUUCAACUAGAAGAAAGAGGUCAACAAGUAAAUGGCAGACGGCGAGGAUAUUCAACCCCUUGUAUGUGACAAUGGAACAGGAAUGGUCAAGGCUGGAUUUGCUGGAGAUGAUGCUCCGAGGGCUGUGUUCCCUAGCAUUAUAGGCCGUCCACGUCACACAGGUGUGAUGGUUGGCAUGGGUCAGAAAGAUGCAUAUGUGGGGGAUGAGGCACAGUCCAAGCGUGGUAUUCUAUCUCUGAAGUACCCUAUUGAGCAUGGUAUUGUUAAUAAUUGGGAUGACAUGGAGAAAAUUUGGCAUCAUACAUUCUACAAUGAACUCCGUGUUGCUCCAGAGGAGCACCCAAUUCUUCUGACUGAAGCACCCCUCAACCCAAAGGCAAAUCGAGAAAAGAUGACCCAAAUUAUGUUUGAGACCUUCAAUUCCCCUGCCAUGUAUGUUGCUAUCCAGGCUGUUCUAUCCCUGUAUGCCAGUGGUCGUACCACCGGUAUCGUCAUGGACUCUGGUGAUGGUGUCAGCCACACAGUGCCCAUUUAUGAAGGCUAUUCUCUUCCCCAUGCUAUUCUUCGCCUUGACCUUGCCGGCCGUGACCUCACGGACCAGUUGGCCAAAAUCCUUACUGAACGUGGAUACUCUUUUGUCACAUCCGCGGAGAAGGAAAUCGUGAGGGAUAUGAAAGAGAAGCUAUCGUAUAUUGCUCUUGAUUUUGAGCAAGAAAUGGAGACAGCUAAGACAAGCUCAGCUGUUGAGAAGAAUUUUGAGUUGCCUGAUGGUCAAGUAAUUACCAUCGGAAAUGAGCGUUUUCGAUGCCCUGAAGUCCUUUUCCAGCCAGCAAUGAUCGGAAUGGAAGCUGCUGGUAUCCAUGAGACGACAUACAAUUCAAUUAUGAAAUGCGACGUUGAUAUCAGGAAGGACUUGUAUGGUAACAUUGUGCUCAGUGGUGGAUCGACCAUGUUCCCUGGUAUUGCUGAUAGAAUGAGCAAGGAAAUAAGUGCAUUGGCUCCUAGCAGCAUGAAGAUUAAGGUCGUGGCUCCACCUGAAAGGAAGUACAGUGUUUGGAUUGGGGGAUCCAUCUUAGCAUCCCUCAGUACCUUCCAGCAGAUGUGGAUAGCGAAGGCCGAGUAUGAUGAAUCUGGCCCUUCAAUUGUGCAUAGGAAAUGUUUCUAAUCAGGAGCAUUUAUCAAUGUCCUGAUUCCUCCUCAACUUUCCAGUUAUUGUCAAGAGCUACUAGACUUUAUGAUCGUGAAGUUCAGAGAUUUUCGUGUUCAUUAUGUUGGUUUUAUUUCUGCAGAAAUCCAGAAGCAGAAUAGUCUUAUCUAUGUUACAUUCUAGUGUUUCCUUUUUUCCUUCAAGGUUUCUUGCAUAUCGGAUUUGUUUUUAUUAAUAACUAGUUUAUCUGUUACCGGAUUUUGGUCAAUUAGAGUUGUUUUCAGAGGAUGCUUGUAUGGCAGUUUUAACUUGAAUUACAUAUAGUUAGAUCUCUACUAUGAAUAACUACAACAGGUUGCAA